AUUUGAAUAUCUUUUCAGGCGAUCUCUUCUCUUAUAUGAAAUAAAUACUAAACUUAUUGUCAAUUGAAUCGAAAUUUACGUCUUAUUUAUUAGAAAGCAUUUCAGUGUUUAAUCCGUAAUAAAGGCAAUGCAACACCAAAUGGAAAGCCGUAAAAACUUUAACCCCCCGGCGGCCAACACGGCUAACUAUGAGAAUGGCCCUAAAGUUUCCUACGAUUUCUACUUCAAAAUAUUCGGGCUUAUAUCAACGGGUCUGGACUUUGGACAGAGAUAUGGUCCCAUAAAACAGGACAGGACUUCAGCCAACCUUAAGAGACUUUAUUGUCAACUAAUUUGUGCCAUUUUAUGGUUCUUCGCCAUCCGAUCGUUUGUU